GUAAUUGAUAGAUGUCUCUCACAACUACAGUAAAAGAUGUAUCUGUAUUUGUGUUUGUGUGUGUAGCCGAUUUUGAAGCCAAGUACCUCCACCCUGAAAAUCUUGGAGAGGGCGGCUUUGGAUCGGUUUAUGCUGGUAUCAGAAAAACUGAUAAUUUACCACAAGAGAUCUUCGUCAAAAAACAAAAGGGUGACAGCAACAACGCUGCCAUCAGCAAACCCGCUGAGGUUCCAGUAGAGGAUGGAACGAUGAAGGACAGCAAGAGCAAGGCCAUCCCUGCAACCGAGACACCCAGUAACAAGCAGAGGAGUGGAGACAACAUCACUGACACCAACACUGGUGAGCCCACCAAGGUGUCAGUGGAGCAUGUUAAAGAGACUGAGAACAAGAAGGAGGACGUUGCUGAGCAGCUGCCAGCACCUGAGAGCACAGGGACGACAGUGACUGAGGGCGGCUGUGAACUCUCUCAAAGUUCCAGCGGCCCUUCAACCUCCAAACAGGAAAAAAGGAGUACCAACAUUUACUUCAAAACCAGCAGAGCUGAGUUUGAGGCCAAGUACCUCCAGCUUGAAAAACUUGGAGAGGGCGGCUUUGGAUCGGUUUAUGCUGGUAUCAGAAAAACAGAUAAUUUACCAGUGGCAAUCAAACACAUUGCUAAAAGAUAUGUGACAUGUCAACCAGUGGUCUUACAUGGGAAGAUAUACAACAUCCCCAUGGAGGUGCUCCUGAUGCUGCGAGCAGCAGGUGGACCGAGGUCGGUGGGCAAAUCCUCAGCUGUGACCUUAGUUGACUGGUAUGAUCUGAACCAGGAGACUCUCCUGGUCAUGGAGAGGCCAGCUCCCUCCGUGGACCUUUUGACCUACAUGCUUAACAAUAAUGGUCCCAUGGAUGAGAACACUGUUAAGAACAUCAUGAAGCAGCUGGUGGAUGCAGCCAUUGUAAUGCACUCUAAAGGUGUCUUCCAUCGUGACAUAAAAUCAGAAAACAUCCUCAUCGAAACCGGCUCCGAUGUCCCUCGAGUGCGGAUCAUAGACUUUGGAUGUGGCUGCACUGUAAAAAAUGAACCAUAUCGAGGCUUUUCUGGUACAAUGUCCAGCCCCUAUACAACCUUUUAUUCAUCUGCUGAUGUCUGGAGUGAUGACUUUAAUUUUAAACUUAGCCUGCUCCUCAUCCUUUGUUUCUUUCUGUCUCCAUCUCCAUAUUACUGCCAGGAUUUGUUAAACAUGUGUUUGGCUUUAAACCCCAAGGAGCGCGCCACUCUGGAGCAAAUGCAACAGCACCCCUGGUUCUCAUAA